AUGGCCGGCGUCGGUGCCUUCGCGGCAGCGGGUGCCUUGAGCAGUGCCUUCGUGGCACCUGUUGGCCAGGUCCAGCACAGCGAGCCUCAGAUGCAGAGGACCAACCUCCGCGCCGCUGGCUAUGGCUCCUCUCAGGCUGCCGGUGUUGGUGCCAUGGCUGGCCUCGGUGCCGUGGCCGGCCUGGCCGCAGCGGGCGUGGCUGGCAAGCGUGCCAGCAAGGGACGCACCUCCAUGCAGGCCGUGGGCGUCGGCAUCAACGGCUUCGGCCGCAUCGGCAGGCAGGUGGCCCGCAUCGCCAUGAAGGACCCGGAGACCGAGCUCAAGCUCAUCAAUGCCAGCUAUGAUGCCGACUACCUGGCAUACAUGAUGAAAUAUGAUACUAUUCAUGGUAAGUAUGAUGGAACCGUCGAGGUGGAUGGCGACUCCCUGGUCAUUGACGGCCAGAAGGUGGCCUUGUCCCACACCCGCGACCCUGCUGAGAUCCCUUUCGGCGAGCACGGUGCAGAGUACGUCUGCGAGUCCACCGGCGUGUUCCUGACCACCGAGAAGGUGCAGCCCCACUUGAAGGCCGGUGCCAAGAAGGUGAUCUUCUCCGCUCCCGCAAAGGAUGACUCCCACACCAUCGUCAUGGGCGUGAACGAGGACACUUACGACCCGUCCAUGGAGGCCGUGUCCUGCGCCUCUUGCACUACCAACGGCCUGGCCCCAGCCGUGCGUGUCCUGCAGGAGAAGUUCGGCAUCAAGCGCGGCCUGAUGACCACCUGCCACGCCAUGACCGCGUCUCAGCCCACGGUGGAUGGCACCUCCAAGAAGGACUGGCGCGGUGGCCGCGCCGGCCCUGGCAACAUCAUUCCUAGCUCCACCGGUGCCGCCAAGGCAGUGGCGAAGGUCAUUCCGGAUGUGAAGGGCAAGCUGACCGGCAUGGCUUUGCGCGUGCCGACCAUCGAUGUGUCCGUGGUCGACCUGACCGUGGAGUUGGAGAAGGAGACCACCUACGAGGAGAUCUGCGCCGAGAUGAAGAAGCGAUCCGAGGGAGACAUGAAGGGCUACCUGGGCUACACGGACGAGGCCUUGGUGUCCACUGACUUCGAGACCAACCCGAUCUCUUGCACUUUCGACUCCAAGGCUGGCAUCAUGCUGGACCCCACCUUCGUCAAGGUCGUCUGCUGGUAUGACAACGAGUGGGGCUACAGCUGCCGAGUUGUCGAUUUGAUCAAGCACAUGGCUGCUGAGGUUGAUGAAAUCAACCUCCUCUUGUUCCUCUUGAACUCACCGAGUUUGUUUUUCCGUCUCGCUGCCGAGCACAAGGGCACGGCCUCCUCCACAAAACGUUUUGGGCAGACCGUAUGUUGGUUGCAUUGUUGGGGGCGACUGGUACUGAAGAUGGGGGGUUCACGUUCAUUUGCAUGCUUUGGUUGCGAAUUCUGCAAUAUCCUAGUCGAGUCCCAAGGCUUUACCCCCAGCGGCCAUUAA